UUCUUCGGUUCAACUGCCGCCACUCAUCCUUCGAGCUCAUUCGUUCCUAGCUUGUGGUUGUUUUCUGUUUACUCACAGUCGACCAUGGCGCCCAAGAACAAGAGGAAGACCGUGCCAUUGGCGCCACCUCCUCAUGCCUCCACGAUGAAGUCAAGAAAGAGGGCUCGUCAAGUCACCACUCUGUUCCACAAGUACACUCGAGAACGCGAUUUGGCGCUUCAAAAGGGAGAUCCCACGAAAGAAUGGGACGAAAAGCUGGAGGACAUUGGAGGCCGAGAAGAAUAUCAAAAAGCCAGCCAGCUGAGCACAACCUUUCACUCCACCAGUAAAUGGGUGCUGGGAUAUCUUCAGAGGAAUGGAUGGCUGUACGGCAUUCGAAUGGACGAGGGUGACGAUAAUCCACAGACCAAGAAAAAGCGAAAACGUCGAAGAGACACGAAGUUGCUCGAAAUUGGGGCCAUCAAUACGGAAUUGCUUGACGCUGCAGAACGAACCAUGGAUGACAAGACAACAAAGAAGUAUCGAUUGAAUGUACGGGCCAUUGAUCUACACUCCAUGCAUCCCGGCCGGAUUGAAGAAGCCGACUUUUUGAAGCUACCCUUGAACACACACACAGGAAAAUCCUGCGACGUGAUUGUCUGUUCCAUGGUCUUGAAUUGUGUGACUACUCCCGAGGACCGUGGAGAAAUGCUCACCAGAAUUCAUCAUUUGUUACGGCCUGGUGGCAUACUAUUCUUGACCAUUCCCAGGCUCUGCUUGAGUCAGUCACCCUACGUGACACGAGAACAAUUUUUGAGCUUAUUGGGGGAAUCGGGGGUGGGCCUUGUGGUGAAAGAGACAAAGGAAAGCCCCAAAGUCGCAUUCUUUCUGUGCAAGCGCCCUGAUACCACUGCAGAGCCAAGGGACCCUUCAUCGUUUGACGAACAAUGGACGCAGCUAAGAAAGGUACAACGUGGCAAAAAGUACCGCAACCAAUUUGCCGUUGUAUUGGACAAACACCGUGUGCUACAAACAGGAUCUUGCUAGCUAGCGAGCUAGCCUUCAUUGACAACAUAACGGCAACCAAACUGAAAGAGUCGGUUUGUGAACAUGUGCCAACCUUCUUAAAAAUUAAAACGAUCACAUCUUUACACGAUUUAUUCACUUCGGCGCCUUCCGGUGAGGCCACCAGGCGGGAAGAAAUUUUAAGAAUUCCAUUUCAUUUGAGUUGACCAUUGACAGUGCGCCCGGAAAGAGGAGGAAAACAUGCUGUCAAAGCUCAGACUUUCAGGUACAGCUAAGUAGUCUGAAUU